ACUAGAAUAUGUGCAUCCUCUACUGAUCAUCUUUCCAGAAUUCUUAUUCGAAGCUGUUUUUUUUCCUGGCAUUGAUCACUAACCAAGGCAUGUUUUAUUUGUUCUUCUUUUCUAUCAUCACAGAAAAUAUUUACAGCACAGGGAUAACCAACUAUAACAAGUUGUUCAUUUUUUAAUACAUACUUUGAAAAUGUCUACCAAGGUCGAGAAGUUCGUUAAAACAUACCAAACCUUAUCCCGAAUACCUGCCGUAAUAGGAGGAACAAUUAGAUCUAAUGGCGUUGUUAGCAGUAUCUGGUCUCAAAGGAAUUUAGAAAAGGGAAAAACAUCUAAAUUCAUCAGGGAAAUUUUCACUAAUGAUUUACAAAAAACUGCGGAAAUAAUACCUUAUGAUAUUAGUUCAGAAAUCCUGUCAAAGACUUCAUUCAGUGAGAAAUUUCGAGCUGUUCUUCGGGAAAAUGACAACAAACAAUUUCUUGAAAUUUGGCAGAAUAAUAAUGUUGUUAGAACUGUCGAUCUGAGUGCUUUAGAUGUUCAUGGAUCUGUUUAUUCAGAUGUUGAAUUUUCAUCGUUUGAAUGGUCUCCUGAUGAAAAUAAAAUUUUGUAUGUGGCUGAGAAAAAACAAGCCAAAUCCGAAUCAUUUUACAAACGCAAGAGUCCAUCAGGAGUAAAAGACUCUGGUAAUGGAGAUGAAGAAAAGUCUAAAGGUCAAGAACAUAUAUUCCAGCAGGACUGGGGAGAACAACUCGUUGGUAAAAAAGUAUCUGUAAUAGCAGAAUAUAAUAUUGAAAAUGAUACAGUUGAAAUUUUAAAAGGUGUCCCCGAUGAUAUCUGUGUAGCUCAGCCAAAAUACUCGCCUGAUGGUUCAUAUAUCAUAGGGGUAGCUUAUAAUAUCGAACCCAGAAAAUUAGGACUUAUUUACUGUACAAAUCGAACUAGUACCAUUUUUAAACUAGACUUUCAUGGAAAUUUUGUGUCACUUCAACUUAAAGGUUUAUCUGUCAAGUCACCAAUCUUCACAGCUGAUGGAGAUUCUAUUUUAUGGCUACAAAGGAAAUCUGGAGGACCACAUGCUUCUGGAAUGCAGCUGGUUAAAAUAAAUGUUCCACUUACAGAAGAGUCAGCUGCGAAAGUAAUUGUUGAUAUGGUUGACACUGAGCUGAAAAUAAAUGAUGAAAAAAUAUUCUAUGGGUUGUAUAAUACUGGUUUUCUCAAGAGACCUUGGGCAAGUGGAAGAAGGUUAUUGGUCAACACUAAUCAAAAGUACACCAUCAAUUCCUAUGUGAUAAAUAUUGAUAAUUCUAGUAUAACCCAUCUAGAUUUUGAUGAUGGAAGUCAGAUAAUUCUUGAUGUUUUCGAUGAUAUAGUAUUAGCUGUCCGAAGACACUUCAUGAAACCUGACAAACUGAUAAUAGGAAAAUUACCAGAAGUCGGCUCUGAAUCUAACAUUUCUUGGAUUGAUCUUACUCAUAGCGAAACAGUUCCUGGUUUGGAACAUUGUUGUUAUAAAUAUUUGGAUUUGAAAGCUGAUGGAGAUGACUUUGUUGCCUUCAACGCAAUUUAUCUUGGUCCAAAAAGUGGUAAUGAUAAAUCGGUACCAUUGAUAGUUUGGCCUCAUGGUGGACCACAUAGUGCAUUUGCUAAUAAUUUGUUUUUGGAAUCUGCUUUAUUUUUAUCAUUUGGAUAUGCUGUUCUUUUGAUCAAUUACAGAGGUUCAUUAGGAGCUGGGCAAAAAAGUGUGGAUUUCCUUCCAGGUAAAAUCGGCACAGCUGAUGUUCAAGACUGUAUCAUCGCCACUGAUGUAGCUUUAUCCAAAUUUUCAUGGCUAAAUCCCAAUGCCUUAGCACUAGCAGGUGGUUCUCAUGGAGGUUUUUUAGUAGCGCAUCUUAGUGGACAGUAUCCAGAGAAAUUCAAAGUUGUCGUAGCAAGAAAUCCAGUGAUUGAUGUUGCAUCUAUGAGCAUAAUUUCUGAUAUUCCAGACUGGUGUUAUAUUGAAGCCGGUAAAGAAUAUUCACAGAAAGGUGAAAUCGAUAAUAAUAUUUUGAGUACAAUGAGAAAAGUAUCUCCAAUCGUCCAUGCACAUAAAGUUAAAGCACCAACUCUUCUUCAAAUUGGAUCCAAAGAUUUAAGAGUGCCACCACAUCAAGGAACUGACUAUUAUCUACGACUUAAGGCUAAUGGGGUUACAACAAAGAUGAAUUUAUAUGAUGAUAAUCACCCUUUGGGAACUGUGCCUAAUGAGUUAGAUAAUAUAAUCAAUUCUCUACUAUGGAUUGAGCAGCAUUUAGGUCGUGACUAAAAAGUAUUGGUUUACAGUAUUCAUUUUUUCAAUAAAUAUUUUCAUGAUUU